AUGACUACUAAUGGAUCCAAUAUACAGGUUGAGACGGAACAUAUAAUGCAAAGUGGUAGGAGUGAUAACUUUGAGUGUUCAGGGGAAGAUGGAGAGAUUAGGAACCGUGAGAUGCAUGACAACGAUAGAAGACCAAAUAAAAGAAACAGGGAGGCUAAUAGAGAAGAAGUUUGGUUUAUCGUACAGAGGAAAGGUAAAAGGUUUGCUCGUGACGGGGACUUUAAUGAUUCGGAAAGAAUACCAGAGGACCAGAUUGAAGUUUGCAUUACAUCCACUGAACCAAUUCCAAAACAAUUUAAACUGGCUAAGAUUUUGAAAUCAGAGAACAUACAGAAUGUUGUUCGUGUUAAAUACAUAAAAACAUUUAAAGUGUUGAUUCAGUUUGAUAAAGAAGAUAGUGCUGAGAAAUUAAUAAUUAACAAAUUCUUUAAUGAAAAUAGAUAUAGGACAUAUAAAACUAUGGAAAUAAAUCAUACGUAUGGAGUGAUAAAAGCCAUAGAUUUAGACCGUACUGAUGAAGAAAUUUUAGAAAGUUUAUAUAGUAGUAUACCAAUUAUGGGAGUAAAGAGGUUAAAACGCAGAAAUAGUUCGGAUGGAAGAUGGGAGAAUAGUGAGGCUAUGAGAAUAUGUUUUAAAGGGUCAUCGUUACCAUCAAAAAUUAAGAUGUUCGACACCACAGUAAUAGUAACACCCUUUGUAUUCCCUGUUACACAAUGUUCUCGAUGCUGGAGAUACGGACAUACGAUCAAAAUUUGUCCAUCUAACAAAAAAAACGAGUUCGAGAGCUAA